AAAUGGCGGCUGAAAUGCUACAAUAAUGACACCUGCUUGAAAUGGGAUAACACUUGAAUAAAACAAAAUUCUCGUUGGUAAUAAUGAUGGAAAGUGAAUGGCACGUAUCUGAUAGCGAUGAAGAACAUGAAACAGGGCGUUAUACACAAUUUAUGCUUUCAAAUUUGAAAGGACUGAAUUGUACAUUAUCAAAUCAAGAUAAAGGCGAUGAGAUUUUGAAUUUAAGCUCUUCGAGUCAUACUACCGACCAGUAUAUUCCAAAGAACUUGAAUGCUUUAUACACACAAAUAGAAAAUAACGGCUAUAUUGCUCUGCAGUGUAAGGGGUCAAAACGUAGACUGGAGUCAAUAAAGGAUGAAACCCACAGUGUAAACAAUCAUACCAAUGCAACCACAAAUUCCACGUGUAUAGUUAACAACACCAACGAAAGUCCAGUUGUGGAUCCCAUUGAAGAUGAAGCCUCAUCAACUAAUAAAAGUGCUGUGAAGAAAAGUGAAUUUGACUAUGUUGAGGAGAUGGAUACUAUGCCUGCAGUCAGGUUACCCAGACGAAAACAGAAAUCUGAGCAUAACAAAUAUGGGAAGACGAAACGUGUUGGUAAGAUGGAAAAUGUCAUCAAUGAUCUUAGUCGUUAUAAAAGACUUAAUGCGCAAGUCAUGGCUGCAGAUAGUACCAAUUCUAUGUCUCAUUGAUACUAGUAAAGAUGAUCAUUCCCAACACAGUGCUACCGAUCUCACAGGAUUCCAUAGAAAUUCAACUGGAAAUUAGGCAAUUUUGAAUGUCGCACACAAAAUAAUGUAGUGAAUAUGCUGAAGUAAAUAGUACACUGGCUUUAAGCCCUAACUUUUAUUGCAGGUUUUAGAAUUAGAAUUGAUAUAGUGUAUAUAAACAAUUUUACGGUAUUUUUUAGGACAAGCACAUCACCUGAAAAUAUAAAUGUUCGUGUAAUAUAUAAUUUCGAUGGUAUUUAUUCAUAUAUACAUGUUAGGCCAUUUACAUUCAGGUUCGAAAGGCCAUGCCCUGUUACAGUGGUGCAAUUUUUCUUGCAAGUCUACUUUUAAAAGAUUAAUUUUAACAGAAUAAGCGCCAAAUUUACAUCUCUCGAAAGUAGAAUCGUAUUGCAAUUCUGAUGAAAAAUUGCGCCGUUUAACAGCCCUGUAACCGCACUUAACCCUUUCUAACCCUUUCUAGAAACUAAGAAUUGCUGUGAUGUGGCCCUUUUUAACCGAUAUAAAAUAUAGUUCCUUCUUUUACUACAAAUCCAUUAUUUGUAACAAAUUACUUUUAUACUGCAACGUCUGCAGUAUAGGCAGUAUAGCCAAAUAUUGUAGAAUACAGUACGUCACCGUAAGUCACAGAAUCGGGCCUUUUGUAUUUUGCUUUAGGGGACAGAAUUUUUCAUUUAAGUUGUAAGCAUUGCCACUAUUUAUAUCUGAUAUUGUAUGUGCUAUAAAUAAGUCAAACACUUUUAGUAAUAGCAUUGUUUAUAAAUAAAUCAUUCGUUUAAACAAUAAAG